CCUCUUACUGCAGUGGAUCUUUCCAGUACUCGUUAUCGAUUUUUUUUAAAGAAAAUUUCUGAACGAUUCUCAAUUUUGGAAAAAAAAAAUGACCGGUUCCAGGUGGCAUUAUUAUAGACUGUCUUUGAGCAAUGGUCAAUUGCUGUUUUAUCUCUACAGAUUGGUAUAUAUUUAAAUAAUGAUUUAAUGUAGACAACAAUUUUAUUUGAAAUACAUGGGUUGAAUUUGUUGCUAGGGAAAUGAAACAAAUAAAUAUUAGAGUCAGGAUUUCUACAGCUAAUUAAAGAGUCCUUGGAAGAGCUGUACUGAAGUAUAAGUGAUUAAAUAAUUUUUAUGGAAUAGUUUUUGAGGAACAAUAGAAAUAGCCUAUUCGUUUUCAGUUUUAUUCAGGUAAAAAAACAUCUCCUCUAAAAUGAUUCGUAAGUUUUAAUAAGUAUGUACAAUUUCUUAUGUGCUUUAUUUUUGUGAUUAGUUGUAAUAAUUUGCUAAUGCUCUGAGUGACGCUGUUGGUCAGCGUGUGCAGCUUUUAAAUGCUGAUUUUUAGAUCCUCCUCUGUGUUACGACUGUGUGCAGACAGGAUUUCUCUUCACUUUGGACUUUCUGUUGGUUAAAAAGAACAUCGCGGAAGCAUUGCCUUUCAGCACUUCAGGAAUAUAUUUCAUUUUUUUAAAUUUAUGUUCGAUUAUAAAUGUCUUAAUCCUGCCUGUUUUGGAAUAUUUAUAAAAUGGUUGGUUUUUACUCCCUCGAUGCCCGGAUAACUGGCUCUUCUGUCCGCGUUUCGACAUGGCUGACAAUGCUUCUGGUCGGAUUUGCUUUUGUCGUGGCCGUUGCGCACGGGCAGGUCCGUUAUUCUAUACCCGAGGAGAUGAACAAGGGAUCAGUGGUGGGAAAUAUCGUUCAGGAUCUCGGUUUGGAUGUAAAGAGACUGAAAUCUGGCCGAGCGCGGAUCUUUACGGAGGACAGUCGUGAGUACAUCGGUCUGAAUGUGGAUAAAGGCACUCUGAUAGUGAGAGAGAGGAUAGAUAGAGAGGAGCUGUGCGCUCAAGUGUCUCCAUGCUCUUUACAUUUUCAGAUUAUUCUAGAUAAUCCAAUGGAGCUCCAUCGAGUUGAUGUGGAAAUAUUGGAUAUCAAUGAUCAUUCACCUGCUUUUGACAGGAAAGAAAUCAGUAUUGAAAUCCCGGAAUCUGUUGCCCCUGGUGCACGAUUUUCGUUAGACAGUGCGCAUGAUCCCGAUGUUGGACUGAAUACACUGCAGAGAUACACCCUUAAUCCCACGGAUCAUUUCAGUUUAAAAGAAUUAACUCGUACUGACGGUACCAAAUAUGUUGAGAUGGUUUUAAAAACUCCGUUAGACAGAGAGCGUCAGGAAGAGCAUCAGUUAAUUUUGACAGCAUUUGAUGGUGGAUCUCCUCAGAAAUCUGGAACAGUUAAGAUAACUGUCACUGUUCUUGAUGCAAACGACAAUUCUCCUGUGUUCAGUCAGCCAAUAUACCGAGUGUCUUUGUCAGAAAAUAUUCCGAAAGAUAGUUUAGUAGUGACAGUCAGUGCUACUGACAAUGACAAAGGAUCUAAUAGUGAGGUUACCUAUUCAUUUUCACAAAGCACCGGAAAAGAGGCCAUGGAUUUGUUCAGCAUUGAUUCGGAUAAUGGAAAAAUAAAAGUAAAAGGUUCCUUAGAUUUUGAAAAAUCUAAACAGUACGAAUUGAAUGUCGAGGCGGUGGAUAAGGGCGCACAAGCUGAUAGCAGUAAAGUAAUGAUUGAAAUUACUGAUGUUAAUGACAAUUUCCCUGUUAUCAGUGUCAUUUCAUUUUCUAACUUGAUUCCGGAGGAUUCUGUCCCGGGCUCUGUUAUAUCCAUGCUAAAUAUCAAAGACCUAGACUCCGAGAAAAACGGAGAGAUUAGAUGUACAAUUAAUUCAGAUCUGCCAUUUCGCAUCAAAGCGACAUCCUCUAAUUUCUAUAGUUUAGUUACUGACCGUAUUUUAGAUCGUGAGAUGUUUUCUGAAUACAAUAUAACGAUCACAGCUACAGAUGAAGGAUCUCCAUCUUUAUCUACAAAUAAAACACUGAGGCUUAAAAUAUCUGAUGUGAACGACAACGCCCCUGUUUUCCAGCGUCGCUCAUACACCGCUUAUGUGAUGGAAAAUAAUUCACCUGGAGUGUCUAUAUUUGCGGUGACAGCAACUGACAGAGACUCUGGUAAUAAUGCGCGCAUUUCUUAUUUUUUAGAAGAUCUUUCUGUGAACGGAGUUUCUGCUUCGUCUUAUAUUUCAGUUAACGCAGACAGCGGAGAGAUUCUUGCUAUUCGAUCUUUUGAUUUCGAGCAAACAAAAGAGUUCAAUAUUCGCGUAAAAGCGCAGGACGGAGGCAACCCGCCUCUCAGUAGCAACGUGAGUGUGAAAAUUAUUAUUCAGGACCAGAAUGACAACGCGCCUCAGAUUCUGUAUCCAGUACAAACUGGUGGCUCUGUGGUGGCUGAAAUGGUGCCUCGUUCAGCAGAUGUGGGCUAUCUUGUCACGAAAGUGGUGGCUGUGGAUGUGGACUCUGGACAGAAUGCCUGGCUCUCAUAUAAACUGCAGAAAGCGGCAGACAGGGCGCUGUUUGAAGUGGGCUUACAGAAUGGAGAAAUAAGAACUGUGCGCCAAGUCACCGAUAAAGAUGCUGUGAAACAGAAGCUCACUGUUGUAGUGGAGGACAACGGACAGCCCUCUCGUUCAGCUACAGUCAAUGUUAACGUGGCGGUGGCGGACAGUUUCCCUGAAGUGCUCUCCGAGUUCACGGACUUUACGCACGACAAGGAAUACAACGAAAACCUGACAUUUUAUCUAGUCCUGGCCUUGGCUGUAGUUUCUUUUCUCUUCAUCGUGUCCGUCAUAGCUAUACUGUCAGUGAAAUGCUAUAGAUGGAGACGUGAACGGAUGUUUUAUAAAUCCGGUGCCAAUCUGCCAGUUAUUCCGUAUUAUCCACCUCUUUACGCAGACGUCGGGGGAACAGGAACUUUACAGCAUAUGUACAAUUAUGAAGCUUACAGAACCACUGACUCUAGAAAGAGUGAUCUGAAAUACGCCAGACCUCCUACUGAGAGCAUCAUUAGCCUAGACAGCGGUGGAACUCAGACUCUUACGCAUGCGCAAAAGAUGAAAACUAGUGACGACCAUGAUCAGCAGCAAAAACCCCCCAACGCUGACUGGCGUUUCAACCCGAACCAGAGACCUGGACCCAGUGGAGCCACUGCCACUCCAGAGGUCGCCAUGGGAACCGGACCCUGGCCAAACCCCCCAACUGAGGCUGAGCAGCUCCAGGCACUAAUGGCUGCCGCAAAUGAAGUGAGUGAGGCGACUAACACAUUGGGUCCUGGCACCAUGGGCCUGAGCACACGCUACAGCCCUCAGUUCACACUGCAGCAUGUUCCUGAUUACCGACAGAACGUCUACAUCCCAGGCAGCACUGCUACACUCAGUGCCAACCCCCAGCAGCCCCAGCAGCCUCCUCAGGCACUGCCUGCUCCACAGGUCACCAGCGCCCAGGUCGAGCUGCCCAAAGCCCAGACGCCUGCUAGCAAGAAGAAGAUUACCAAGAAGGAGAAGAAAUAAAGAGAGAAAGGGUGUGAUGGGUAGGAUGAGGUUUUGCUUUGGGUGUCAGUUUAGAUAAAGUAGAGCGAGAGAGGUGUGAGGGUCAGGGGUUAGAAAUGGAGAUCUACUCUUGUUCCUUCACACAUGGAUGAGCUUUUGUGCACUUGUUGUUUCAGAAGUAUGAAAUGAGAAUGAAUGAGAAAUCAGUGUGCAGCUCCAGGUUUUGUUCCAUGUUAUUGUCUUGGUUCUUCAUCCAUUUUAAUCCACUGACUCCUAUGUAAUAUAAGCACCUGUGGCUGGAUUAGUGUGUUAUGUACAAUAGUUUCACUUCGGGAUUAAGUUUUCUUUUGAAUUCUCAUCAAUCUGAAUGUUCCUGAGAUUGGGAGACUGAACUCAGAUGCUGGGUGAUAUUUUUUUAAAAGCUUUUAAAGGACAACUUUUUACAUAUAUCUAGUCAUUACAGUAUGUAACAGUAGAGGGAGAAGGGUAACCUGUGGCGGUUAUCAUAAUGACAAUGAUGUGCUUGGAUUUGUAUCAGAGACAUUUCAUUUCGAGCUGCAUUUGCUGGCCUUAUUGAGAAAGCUGUUACAGGUCUUGUAAAAUAGCUCUUCUUUAUUUUAUUUUGUUGCUGUGCUUGUGUUACCACUAUGAAAAUAUAAAACACAGUAUAAAGCGUUGGAUUUGGGGAGUCUUUGCUGGAAUAACAAAGGUAAUCAUUUCUGCAUGACGCUGAACAUCAUAGAAAACGUUAAGUUUAACUACGCAUUGCAUGCCUGAUUAAAAACAAAUCCCUAAAAGUGAGCGAUUUAAUUGUAUGCCUUCUUCAGAUUUUGACUUCUAUCAUGGAAUUUAUGCGUACAAUGUGCUUUUCGGUGCAUUCCUUUCACCUUCAGAUAAACUUCCAGAGAAAAUAUGACUCAAAUGAGAGAAACUGCUGCCCCAUAACCCAUAAACACCAUAAACCUCCAUUACGUGUUAUGCAGAUUUCUUAGCUUGAAUUUGGAGGUAUUUUGUUUCUGGCAGAGUAAUGCAUGAAAAAGAUUCUUAUAGUGAAGAAAUCAGGAAAUAUAAUAAUGACGUUGUUCUAAAUAAGUAAUCAGCAUUGACCAGUCACAGAUCUAUCAAUUGAGAAUGGGAAUAAUAUAUCUAUAAAUAGCUCUAAUCACCAAAAUUUCAUUAUAGUCUGUCUUUUUUCAUUUUUUCCCCCAGUUUUUUUUCUCCACUCAGUCUUCAUUUUGUGAUUAUUAACUGCACCUGUUGUAAAUAGAUAACAGUCAAUACAUAAAAAGUCAAUAAAACACAAU